UAGAGCAGCGGGUGAAAGCAUCCUCGCUGAUCUCCCGGAGGUGUGCAGAAACCGAGACCCCACAACUACACCAGCGAUCAGCCAUGGCAUCCCCCGUCGUGGUGGUCUCCCAGCCGCAGAUGACCACCACCACCACCACCGUGGUCACCAACCAGAGGCAAGGCUGGAGUACAGGCAUCUGCGACUGUUGUGACGACUGCGGCAUCUGUUGCCUGGCCUUCUGGUGCCUGCCCUGCUUCAUGUGCAAGACGGCCGAUGAGUUUGGGGAGUGCCUCUGCCUGCCGCUGCUGGACGUCACCUGCAACGCUUGUGGCUACUACGCCACCGCUAUCCCUCCGAUCUCCCUCGCCAUGCGAGUGGCCACCCGCGAGAGAUACAACAUCCAUGGCUCCAUCUGCAAUGACUGCUGUAUUAUGUACUGGUGUCUCAGCUGUGGAUGGUGCCAAAUCGCCAGAGAAAUGAAAGAGCGCAAGAAGCAAGUGACCAUCGUCAACGCUACCACCUCCAUGUUGCCCCACCCGACCUACGUUCCCCAGCCGGUGUACGUACCCCAGCCAUCCAAUCAAGUGGUCCCUCAGUACCCAAAAUAAAGCUAUGCAAAAUGGCCGAGAAAAUAAUCUAUGCAUGGCAAUAGAAGUUCUAAAUAACUGCAAUGUUUGUUGGACUACUCUUUCUCUGUCACACAUUGACCGGUGUCUCUCAGUCCCUCUCUCUCAGGGUGAUAUCUCUUCAUUGACCGGUGUCUCUCAGUUCCUCUCUCUCAGGGGGGUAUCUGUACACUGACCGGUGUCUCUCCGUCCCUCUCCCUCAGAGUGAUAUCUCUACAUUGACUGGUGUCCCUCAGUCCCUCUCUCUCAGGGGAUAUCUGUACACUGUCUCUCAGUCCCUCUCUCUCUCAGGGUGAUAUCUCUACAUUGACUGUGAAUCUGUGUAUUUGAUUGUAAAACCUAAUCGAGAUUAGUUAGAGCCCACUGUAUCACAUAGCAGCCUACCUGCUUCAAACAGGCUAAUUGGGUGAAUCCUUUUACCACGGGGGUGAUUGUUACACAAUACCCACCACAUGAGUUGGACAGAACAAGGUCUCAAUCUCAUGGCAAGAAGGUCGGAAACAUUUGUAGACCAGAACCUGCACACAUGCACACUUGAUCACUCUCUCAACACUGACAUACCCUGACCACACACAGAGAAUCUCACACCCACACACACACACCCACACACACACACACACACGCCCACCCACACACCCACACACCCACACACCCACACCCACGCACACACAGGCACACUCACACAUGGACACACACACAGAAAAACACACAUAGACACAUAGAGAAGCACAUGCAG